GCAGCAGUUUGCUGCUAUGACAGCGUCGCGUAUUCUUGCUCAGCGGAAAGCGCAUGCCAAUGGUGGCUGUGAAUGGCGUCUCCAGUUCUUGCCGUGCUGACUCCAGCUCAGAUCUUGUCAGGCAGCUCAGCAGGUGCUCAACCAGAGGACCUAAGUGCAGUGGCUUUCUGUGGAUGCAUUGAGCUGCACGAGGGAAGCCAAGUUUUAGGAAGGGAGCUCUUCGGCACACACAAGGUGCCUCAUGUGAGCCGGCGGCAUUUGCAGCUAGACGUGCGGCUACGGGAGAUAGAGGUGACUGUGGUGGGCCAGAACCCCGCUGCCAUCACCAACCUCGGGUUCCCCACCAUACGCCUCCAACCUGGAGAGAGCGCACUUCUAAGAGACCGAGGCAUGCUGGAAUUUCUGCCUGGGCGGCUCCAGUAUGAAGUAAACCUUCAGGGGGCAAGUUGUCACCCUAUUGCACGAAAUUUAGAUGUAGAAAGGGUUGGACUGCCGGAGAUCUUUGAGAGGCAAGUGGCCCAUAGUGUCAAGGGGAGACGGCAGGAAGGAACUGAUAGUGAUGCCCAACUGAGUGGCGUUCUAGCCUUACGUGAGAAUCAGCAGACACCACCGCUCAUCGGCCAAACCUCUGUGCCAAGAAUGCCAUUGGAUAACCAGUCCCCCCUCAACUCGAGGAGCGUACCUUUGUUGGUCGAAAUUGGCGGCGCGGGUAGCUCUGCCGUGCUACAAGCGGAACACCCGUUGCUGGGUGAAGUCCAGGUUGACGCUCAAGAUGACGACUGCCAUCGUGGGGGGCAACCUAGCAGCCACCAAGACCAGCUAGCUCAGGACGAAGACCUGGCCCGCAAAUUGCAGAAGGAGGAGGGGGCCCAUGGUGGGGCCCAUUCACACCACAGCAAAGAGCAGCUUGCUUCAGACGAGGCUCUCGCACGCAUGCUUCAGGAGCAGGAGGGAGGGGCGGGGGACGAGGGAAGGGUGGAAGGGCCAGAUAGAAAGCGGCGGAGGAGAGGCGAGACAGAGGGGGCAGCAGGAGAAGCGGCGACGUCUGGCAGGUCGCCAGAGGAGGGGGGGGCUCACGGGAGUGAUGGCCCAGGGGCGUUUCAGUUGCUUCAGGUGCACGCCCUCCCGCCUUGGGCGAAGCGCGGCUGCUGCCGCAUCAGUGACGUCAUCCGGGGCGACGUCCAGUGGUGCAUUCUGACGAACUACAUGAUCGACAUCGAAUGGCUGCUGUCAGCGUGUCCCAUUCUGUACCACGUCCCCCGGGUUAUUCUGAUGCACGGGGAGUCGGGGGCAUCGCUGGAGAGGCUGCAGUCCACAAAGCCGGCCAACUUCUCCCUGCAUAAGCCGCCGCUGCCCAUCUCGUAUGGCACGCACCACAGCAAGGCCAUGGUCGUGGUGUACCGGGGCGGCGUCCGAGUGGUGGUACAUACCGCGAACCUCAUCUACAUUGACUGGAACAACAAGACGCAGGGCCUCUGGUACCAGGACUUCCCCCUAAAGACCCCCGACAGCCCGCCGUCCUCCCCCUUCGAGCGCGACCUCUUGGACUACCUAGAAGCCCUCCGGUGGCCCGGCGCGCUUGUCCCCUCCCCAGACGGCACCGACGAGGCGACACGUGUCAACGCCUCCUUCUUCCGGCGGUUCGACUUCUCGCGCGCGGCGGUCCGGCUGGUGGGGUCAGUGCCUGGGUACCAUGGCGGGGCGGCGCUGCGCAAGUGGGGGCACAUGAAGAUGCGCGCGGUGCUCGAGGAGGAGGCGUUUGGGGACGACUUCAGGAGGGCGCCGCUCGUGUAUCAGUUCUCGUCGCUGGGCUCCCUGGACGAGCGCUGGAUGUCCGAAUUCUUGGCUAGCCUGAGCAAGGGCCGGACGGCUUCCGGACCGCCGCUUGGUCUGGGAGAGGUGCGCGUCGUGUGGCCGACAGUAGAGGACGUGCGGCAGUCCAUAGAGGGCUACUGCGCGGGGGGCGCAAUCCCUGGGCCUGAGAAAAAUGUGGCGCGGCCAUGGCUGCAGCGAUACUGGUCCAAGUUUCAGGCGGACCACGCGGGGCGCGGACGCGUGAUGCCGCACAUCAAGACGUUCGUGCGGCACCGCGGGAACGACGUCGCGUGGUGCCUGCUCACGAGCGCCAACCUGAGCAAGGCGGCCUGGGGGUCGCUGCAGAGAAACGAUACCCAGCUCAUGGUGCGGUCGUACGAGCUGGGGGUACUGUUUGUGCCGUCGCUGGUUGCGCGCUACGGCCUCGGGGAGCAGUUCUCGUGUACGGACAACGCAGCCGGGGGGGCGGGGCAGAAUCUUAGAAUUCUAACGCCAGGGGGUAACCGCAAAACCUCUGGCGGGGUUGCUCAGAAAGCGAGGGUAGAGGAAGUAAAGGAGGGCGGUGAAGUGGGUGCCUGCGAAGGAGAAAGCAUUUUUGAGGCUGGCAGUCCGGGCGGGUUUGAAAAGGGGGGUCCGACAAGUGGAAAGAGAAAACGUACCGGGGAGAGAUCCGGGGGCGAAGGAUCGGAGACGAGGACCCGGGAAGAAGCAGCGGGAGAGAAAGGCAGGGCAGAAGGACCAGGGGGAAGGACCGGGGGUGACGCACAAGGGCAGAGAACGGUACGCUUCGUUAGCACUGCCGAGCGGCCGGGCCCGCACGAUUCGCAGCUGCCGAACAGCGAGCCGUCCGAUGGAACGCCGGUGAUCGUCCGGCUGCCGAUCCCGUACGCACUGCCGCCAGCAAAGUACGGCCCCAAAGACCGCCCUUGGGCCGUGGACAGGCAGUACGUCCAACCCGACGUGUACGGAGAAACUUGGCCUCGGACGGUGGUCAAAUACGGAGUGAAGCAGGCAGACGAGGGGGAAUGAGAGAAACUGAGCUUACUCGGGGACUGGUUCCAUACCGGAAAAAGUGAGGUUUGACGUAUUAUGCCGUCCGUGGCCGGUGAGUAAGCCCCCAACGCCAAUCAACAGAAGUAAUUCAAAUCCGGCGUCAGUUUCACAGUCCUCGGUUGGCCCAGGUUUUCACUCGCAAAGAUUUACAUCGUCUGUGGUUGCACUCCUGCGAG